UGUAAUGAAUUAGAAUUGGUUGUUAAUCUGCCAAGCAACGCCACAGUGACCAGCAUAAUAAGAAUAAGAAUGCUAGACUGAAUACAGAAAGAGAGUGGAAUCUGAGAGUCAGUAGUUACAGCCACAGAUUAUCAUCGUGUCUGAAUACACUGCCAGAGGACAGAAAGAGAGAGAGAAAGCAGAGAAAGCAUGGAACCGAGUGGGAGGGAAGUAGGGACGGCUACUUAACUGAGGAUGAACUGCUGUGUGAUUGUGGUCUGCUCCAGUCGUGUUUGCCGUUCCAGUAGCAGAAAUGGGAGAUUCAGCACUUUUUUGUCAGUUAAAGGACGAUCUGCUGGGUUGACUGAUACCGAGCCAAACAGUCAACAGUACCAGGGGAUGCAUUUUUAUUAAAAAAAAAAACAACUUGGAAUUUACAAUCGGUGAGUUCCUGUCCAUGUGGAUUUAAUCAAUCUUUCAAGAUGAUAUCUCCAGGUUGCUCAUUUGUUCCUAUAUGUGAUGGUGCAGGUACUUGCUCGUGUGCAGUUUAAGAUGCUGGCUUAUGGUUAAACCAUUCUAAGAAGCAAUCAAAGAGGUAGUGGUUUGUCCAUGUGUGGGAACAGCUGAUCACAAUCGCCAAUUCUCAGGGAUGUUCCCCAGAGGACAACUGAGCGGACAGGAUGAACCCUACAACUCAGAGCCACUUCCACUCUCGCCCAAAAGGCAAGAUCUGCAGAAGAGAUCACAGAGUCCCACUGCUGGGCAAAGCUUGUACAGGAAACUGCCGAAGGAGCCAAAAGAAAAUUAUGACCUUCAAUCAGUCGCCACUUCCGGCACCGAAGCUGACCUCGCCUCACCUGGUGAAAACAGAAGUUCUGAUUGCCAGGAUGGUAGUGGUGUUAUGGAGAAUCCUACGCCCAGGGCCAGUGAAAAGAUCCAAAAUGAUGAAGAAAAAGAGAAGUCGGAGGAUCAGGAAGGAGAGGAAGGCUCUGGUAACAUAGUGGAGCAUAUCCUGAAAGAGUUGAAAGGUAUUAACAAGAUCCAGGAGGAAAUUUCUGACCUUAGGCAGUAUCUAUCAUCUGUGCGAGGUUCAGUGGACGAAGUGUCCUGCUGUGUCGAUGCAGUGCUGAGUGAAAUAGGUGAGCUGUACUCUGGGGCUUCAGCUGCACCUCAUCCUAGCCCUGUUUCUCAAGCGCCACGCAUCAGACAAGGAAGCCUGGGUAGACAGGACGCGGUCUCAUCUCCUCACAAUCGAAGUCCACUGAUGGAUCACAAAGACUUUGGAAAUGAUUCAGGAUAUAUGUCAUCUCACAGAUCACCCAAACAAUGGAUAGUUGAUCAAGCCAAUCUCAGAUCCGUCCAACAAACAGACCAAGAAAACUCUGAGCAAAAUUCAAACAUGCACAUGCUGAGCCAUACAAAUCCUGACCUCUGCUACAUGGAGCUUCAUUAUGGCUGCAACUACCAAAGCAGCAGCUCUUUGUCAUCAUAUCUGAGCUCCAACUGUCUGGAUGCGGGCUCUCUGUCUGGGCAAACAGAAUAUGAAAGGUGGCCCUCUGCUGAUAUGCAGCACAGUAUAAGCAGAGAAGGAGGCUGGAGUGAGGAGGACAUCUCCUCUUGUGCUAACAGCAGAGAGGAGCUGCAAAAUUAUCUACGUGUUUGGAACCGGUGUGCCACUGAAGAGACACAAAGCAGCACACCAGGCCAUUCAUCACACAACAGUUCUGAGCACCUCUCAUUAUUGUUUGGACAGCAUUACGAUUCUCCCUCACAUUCUUCCAGUGUGGUGGACUGGAGGCCUCUCAGAAAACAAACUGAGGAAGAAAACCUGGAGUGUGACUGUGCUGCAAACUGCCCAUUUUCCCGUAGUUCUGGUUAUCACACCAUGGAUGCUUGCCCAAACGAACAUGGAAGUGGGCCCUCCAGGAGCCUGAGCUGCUCCACAGUUCUUUUGACAGACUGUGAUGAUGGUAACCUAGAGCCGCAUUCACCAUGUGAUGAUUGUCCAUCCUCUGGGGACACUCUUGAUCUGGGGUCUGUUGAGAGUUUGGACAGAGAGUGGACAGAUCCUAGCAUUUCCAGGGAGGAUGCAGAAGAAUCUUUGUCACAGGAGUCGUCUGAAAUAGAUACUGAGGGCGCACCCAAGAACCCCAAUGUAGGCUUUGAUGUAACAACUUUUAGCAAGGCUGUACUCACUUUCAGGUCAGCUUUGAAAGGAGCGCUGAAAAAGCUGGAAGGAUCCAAUCCUGAAGUCGUAGAAGAGGAAAGUGGAAUUGAGAGAUCUUUAUCUCUGACCAGACAAGCCAGUGAUCCUAAGGAGGAGCAGGGUAGUGAUGUGUAUACAGAGGGAGAGGCUAGUCUCACAGAGAAUCAGACUCAGUUUGCCACUCCAAAGGAGGAGAGUGACAAUUCAGUCUACAUGGAUUGUGAGAUGCAUGAGAACCUGUCAGACUCUCUUCAGGCUUCUUCCCAUGAUGGAAGCUGUUCUCCCCACACCCCAGCUGAGCGUCACACUUUACAGAUUUCACAGGGUAAAGUAGAGUAUCUAACACAUGUGGAGCUGUCCAACAUUGACCACUCUCCAGCAAGACAGGCCGAAAGUCCACUGGGUCCUUUGCCCAGCACAGAUGAGUUACGAUUAAGUCCAAUUCGGGAAAACCAUGUUCUUGAUCAAGCAAACGAAGAGAAGCCAACCGAUGCCAGCCACAAAGAACGUAUAGCUAAUUUCCAGCGCAUUUUGAGGGAAAAGAGACAAACCCGCCAUAGACUGUCCAGAUCUACUCAAGGCUCAGUAGGGUCCCAUGGCUCUCAAGGGUCUCAGGGAUCCCAAUCUCUAGACGAGUUCAUCCCAGGUAUUUAUUAGCACCUACUUCUUUUGUUUUAAUAACUGGAAACGCCAGUAAUAAAAGCAAAAUAAUAAGAAUAAUCUUACACCCUCUAAUGAUAUAAUUCAAUGUACUAUAUUACAUUAUAUUGCAACCCUAUUUAGUUUUAGUAUCAUUACAUGCUAACUCUUGAAUGCAGUGCUUUUAUUAGUUGGCUCAGUUACAUCUGCUCCAUGUUAUUUCUAAUUCUUCUGUGGUUUCUUUUUCUUCACAGA